AUGAGAGGGAAGGAGAGAGGAAGAGAUCCAAAUGAGAGGAAAGGAGAGAUGAUAGAGAAGGAUAGAGAGACAACAAGUAAGAGGAAAUCAGAGGAAGAGAGAAAAGUGAGAGGGAAGGAGAGGAAGAGAGACAAGUGGGAGGGAAGGAGAGGAAGAGAGUCAAGUGGGAGGGAAGGAGAGGAAGAGAGACAAGUGGGAGGGAAGGAGAGGAAGAGAGACAAGUGGGAGGGAAGGAGAGGAAGAGAGUCAAGUGGGAGGGAAGGAGAGGAAGAGAGUCAAGUGGGAGGGAAGGAGAGGAAGAGAGACAAGUGGGAGGGAAGGAGAGGAAGAGAGACAAGUGGGAGGGAAGCAGAGGAAGAGAGUCAAGUGAGAGGGAAAGAGAGGAAGAGACACAACAUCAGGGUGAAAGGAAGAGAGACAAGUGGGAGGGAAGGAAAGGAAGAGAGACAAGAAAGAGGGGAGGAGAGGAAGAGAGACACCAAGUGA